GCUGGCUUGACUCAAACUCAAAGGCAAACUACAAAAUAUUUACGUUACUUGGCUUCGUCUCCCUUGUUGUCGCCCCGCGAUGCAGCAGGCGCUGGAAAGCUAGGAAGUGUUUUCUAGGAUACACUUCAGCCUGAGCUCCUGUAUUUCUGUGGGUCUCGGCAUUCGCGAAAAAAUGGGAGGAAUAUUUAGCAGAAAGAAAGGCAAGGACUCCUUUCCAGAGUUACUAGCCAGUCUGACCAAGGAAAUAACCUCACUAGAAGGCCAGCAGAAUGCUCUGCAUCGACAGCAUCGUCUCCUCGCUCUCUUCACGUUUCUAUCGCUGACCAUUUACGUGGCGCUGGUGGGAGGUUACGUGUUCUAUGUUGGAGUACCUAAGGACUUAGUACAUGUUGGAGUCUGCGUGGGAUCAUUGGUUCUAAUAUGGUUGUUACGGUUGGUCUUAAAGUGGCUGUUUGGACGACGAGCAAACGCAUGUGAAUCGCGCUUGACAGAGCUACGUGCGGAGAAGAAAGAUGUGCUGAGUCGAGUGAUGGAUGAGGUUCCUUUCAAGACCGCAAAAGAACUACUGGAGAAAUAUGACCCCCAGUCAAUUCAUCUGAGAGUACCUCAAGCCCAGCAGCAGCAGCAGCAACGACAACAGCGGGCUGCAGCAGCAGCAGCACCGGCAGAAAGUACUGCAGGCGGAGUUCGUCAAAGACGUCCACAGGAAGGUGCUGGUGGAAGGCCGCUAGCCCUCGGGCAGAACAUCCAGCAACAGCAGCAGGUGAUGCAGCAGCAACAGAUGCUACAGCACCAGCAGCAGGUCAUAGCCGACCAGAACCGACGUCUGCAGGCGCAGCAGGCGCAGCUAAGACAGAUGGCCAGUGACGGGAACGCCAGAGCCAGCAUGACCGCGCCCGAGCCGUUGCCCGUGUACGAGCUAAAACCUGGUGAUGUCGCAGGACCUGCCCCGGGUCCACCGCGACCACAGCCUAUCCUUCCCAGAGAGCGUACCUCAGUCGACAAGAUGGUUGAGUUCUUAGUCGGUGAUGGGCCUAACAACCGCUACGCACUCAUCUGUAGGAAAUGUUUCUCACACAAUGGCAUGGCAUUGCCAUCGGAGUUCGAGUACAGCACUUUCCGCUGCGCGUAUUGCUAUGAGCUGAACCCGGCCAGGAAGCAGGUAAACCUUGUUGUCCAGGACAACCCUCCCCCUCCUGCACCUGCUGUUGAGAAUGGUAAUGGCAACGGUGACACGUCAGAACAAGUCGCUGAUGCUGCCCCUGCUGCUCCAACAGCCACAGGCAUGACCGAGCAGCCAGCAGAGACAAGCGAUGUAGCAGAGGUAAGCACAACCAACGAGCGAGGAGAUGUGCAGCUGGAUGACCAGCUCAGCGGAGAAAUCCCACCAGCAGCAGCAGAAGCACCAGCAGCAGAAGCACCAGCAGCUGUGGAAGAAGACUCGACACAGGGGGACGAAUAGCCUGAUGCUCAUGAUCAGGACGCAAUCAGAUUUUUACUUCUCUACCAGUAUUCCUUCAAGCCGGCCGAAUCACAUCCUCGCCGUUGUUGCUCUCAGGUAUUGGUAUUUCACAUGGCUGUUUGAGCUGUGUCUUCUCUAUUUCCAACGCUUGAGCUGUUUUUAUCACAUGUCGUAUUUUGCCUCUGCCCGUGCUGCUGGUGGUUUUGGCGGGAGUGGUGGCUCGUGUGGCGUUGCUUGUUUGCCGUGUCUCUGCUAGCCUCAGUCCCCUUGUUCAACCAGUGCUGUUGUUCUGCCUUGAGCGAGUGUUCAGACUCCUGUGCUGGCUUCCUUGGGACGAUGUGUGGCUAGACCUGGGGGGGGGGGGGGGGGGGGGGGGCAGUGUGUUUUACUGGACUACCUAGGGCAGCAGUCUAACUAGCCUCCUUUGCAAAUGCUAUUUCUCCUCUUAUUCCUGCACACACACGUGAGUAUACACGACACGGUUUUGCUGACACAGAUCAUCCUUCCCAAAUUAUCCAACCUUUAACCCGGUUCUAGUUACAGCUAGCUGCUACAUGUACAAGUCAUUGCUAUAUUUUUCUACUUCACACUCUGUUCAGAAUUGUGUUGCCUCAUGAGCCACUUGCCGUGAGGACUCACUCUGUUCAGAAUUGUGUUGCCUCAUGAGCCACUUGCCGUGGGGACACGUGCUUCUUCUUCUUCCAUAUCUCUCUUAUCCGGACCUCCGAGUUACGGCCACCUUGGUAUACCGGGCACUAUGUUGGUGAGUUUCAGUUUCACUAUUUUGAAGUGCUCUUUUGCCCAGUUUUUGUUGAAA